AUGUCUACCGAGACAGCUCAUUAUAUCCACGGGUACCAUGAAUCCGUACUGCGCUCACACUCCUCGCGUACCGCGGCCAAUUCUGCGGCGUACUUACUCAGCUCGCUGCGCCCCGACAUGCGCAUCUUGGACGUCGGGUGCGGCCCUGGCACGAUCACCAUCGAUCUAGCAGCACUCGUCCCGAACGGCGAUGUCAUCGGCGUAGAGCUCUCCGACGAUGUCCUGGAAAAGGCCCGCGCAAAUGCGGCCGCACGCGGAGUGAAGAACGUGCAAUUCCACGUCGGCGACGUGAACGGGCUGACAUACCCCGACGGCACUUUCGACGUCGUGCACGCCCACCAGGUGCUGCAGCAUGUCGGGGAUCCCGUCCGGGUUCUGCGCGAGAUGCGCCGCGUCACGAAGCCUGGCGGGAUUAUCGCCGUCCGCGAGGCCGUCUUCGCAGCCUCGACGUGGUACCCCGAUCUCGAGGGCAUCACGGAGUGGAACGCGCUGUACGUGCGUGUCGCCCGCGCGAACGGCGGCGACCCGUAUGCGGGACGACGCCUGCAUGCGUGGGCGCGCGAGGCCGGGUUCGAUCUGGCCAACAUCACCAAGACUGCGAGUGUCUCGUGCUACAGCUCUCCGGAAGAACGCGCAUGGUGGGGAACCCUUUGGGCCGAUCGUGUCGUCGCUUCAGAAUUCGCGCGUACUGCGAUCGAGAAGGGCUUUGCGACGAGGGAAGCUUUGGAGCGGUACGCGCAGGUGUGGCGUGAUUGGAUCGCUGAGGAGGAUGGCUGGUUUGCUUACAUCCAAGGUGAAAUCUUGGCAACAGUCUGA